AUGCGCGGAGGCGGCGCGAAGCGUAGCGGGAACACGAGCAGGGGAAGCGCGAGGCGCCGCGGGAGCUCGGAUGCUGACGGAUCGGCGGACGAAAUGCGUGAGAGCAGCGUAAGGCGCAUCGGAAGCGCGGGUGCAAGUCGUGCAGCGGAGGAAAGGGGUGGGGGCAGCGCGAGGCGCCGUGGGAGCGCAGAUGCAGAAGGUUCGAUGGUCGAAAUGCGCGGAAAUGGCCCGAAGCGCCGCGGGAGCAUGGAUGCAGACAGUUCGGCGGGCAAAAUGCCCGAGGACGGAGCGAAGCGGCGCGGAAGCGCGGAUGCAGAUUGCUCGCCAGGCAGGUGGCGCAGAAGUAAUGCGCGGCGUGGCAAAGGCAAGGAGGCUGAGCACGCGCCAGAAGCCAGCCGCGAGGAAGAGAGGAGGCGAGGCGCGCAGGCGGUAGCGGAUGGCUCGCCUGAACCGAGGCGCAGACACGAGCGCAGGAGGCGCAUGGCAUUUGGCGGUUGGCGAUCACCAGAGCAGCGGGGAGAGGAAAGGGGGCAGCGGAAGGAGGAGGGGGAAGCGGGUGUUAGGGGCAGUGAGUGUUUGUCGCAGGACAUCUCGGGGGCGGAUGCGAGAGCGCGCCGUAAAGGAAUAAAAGAGGACCCGAAGGAAGGGAGGGAGAAGACGAGAAGAAGUGAUGAGGAGCUGUGUGAAGCGAAGGAACAUGAGUAUAGUGAAGGGGAGGAAUAUGGGUACUAUAACCUGGAGUGGCGCCGACGCGGGAAGCAGGAGCGGCGUGAGAAGACGAAUCACUCAUCAGAGCAGCAGCGGGGGCGGGCGGAGGUGCAACAGGAAGUGCGCGGGGACGAGUUCACACCUGAUCUACGUCGGCAGCGCGGAGGAGGGCGAAACCGAGAGUCGCGCUCGCCUUGUCCUCGUCGGCAGCGCGGAGAGAGGCGUGGCGAGCGGUCGCGCUCGUCAGAUCUGCAUCGGCCACGCGGAGGAAGACGGGACGAGUGGGCAAGGGAGAAGCUCUCGCUGGACCAGCAGAGAGGGCAAGCCGACGGGACUGGGAGUGAGCAAUGGGACGAGCAGGUGGGGGCAGGAGCGUGUGUACCAGCAGCAGUGGGAGCGGAGGAGCAGGACGAGCAGGUGGGGGCAGGAGCGUGUGUACCAGCAGCAGCGGGAGCGGAGGAGCAGGACGAGCAGGUGGGGGCAGGAGCGUGUGUACCAGCAGCAGCGGGAGCGGAGGAGCAGGACGAGCAGGUGGGGGCAGGAGCGUGUGUACCAGCAGCAGCGGGACCGGAGGAGCAGGACGAGCAGGUGGGGGCAGGAGCGUGUGUACCAGCAGCAGCGGGAGCGGAGGAGCAGGACGAGCAGGUGGGGGCAGGAGCGGGUGUACUAGCAGCGGCGGCAGCGGAGGAGCAGGACGAGCAGGUGGGGGCAGGAGCGAGUGUACUAGCAGCGGCGGCAGCGGAGGAGCAGGACGAGCAGGUGGGGGCAGGAGCGUGUGUACUAGCAGCGGCGGAAGCCGAGGAGCAGGACGAGCAGGUGGGGGCAGGAGCGUGUGUACUAGCAGCGGCGGAAGCCGAAGGGAAGAACGAGAAGGUGGGGGAAUGGUCGGGUGUACCAGUGGCAGCGGAAGUGGAAGGGAAGGAAGGGAAGGUGGGGGCACAGGCGGGCAUGACAGCAACAGCGGAAGCGGAAAGCAAGGCAGAGAGGCUGAGGGCACCGGCGUGUGCAGCAGCAGCAGCAGAAGAGGAAGGGAAAGAAGAGAAGUUGGGGGCACAGGCGUGUGCAGCAGCAGCAGCAGAAGAGGAAGGGAAAGAAGAGAAGUUGGGGGCACCGGCGUGUGCAGCAGCAGCAGCAGAAGAGGAAGGGAAAGAAGAGAAGUUGGGGGCACAGGCGUGUGCAGCAGCAGCAGCAGAAGAUGAAGGGAAAGAAGAGAAGUUGGGGGCACAGGCGUGUGCAGCAGCAGCAGCAGAAGAGGAAGGGAAAGAAGAGAAGUUGGGGGCACAAGCGUGUGCAGCAGCAGCAGUAGAAGAGGAAGGGAAAGAAGAGAAGUUGGGGGCACAGGCAUGUGCAGCGGCAGCAGCAGAAGAGGAAGGGAAAGAAGAGAAAGUAGCAGCAGCAGCAGAGGCGGGAGUGGAGGAUGAGAAGGAGGGAGUAUGGGCAGCCGGGCGGCAGCAGCGGCUGCAGCAGAACAUGGGCAGGAGAAGGAGUGGGACAGGAGUCUACCUCUGGGGGGGAUAG